GCCACUGCUACGCCUACGCACUGCCCUGGUUUGAUUACAUUUCCCUUGUAAACGUCGUUCCCACCUCAUCGUCUCCGAAACGGCCAAUGAAGCCCAGCAGCAGCAGCAGAAGGAGCAGCUCCAAGACCAAAAUGCUGAAGAGGAAGAGGAAGAGGAGUCUGACUCCGAAUCUGAGGUGGGAGAUUUUAACAAAAAUCCUCGGGAGCAAAAGGUAUAAGGUACUCCAAGAAGAGGAGGAGCGAAGGCGACUUCUCAGAUACGCACCUGAAGAGGUCAAGUGGGAUGUCGCCGACGAUCUAGAGCGUUGGCGGGAGGAGGAUGUGAAGGAGCUUUGGGCGGAUGCUCCGCUGUUUAUGACUAAGCUCGGGUGGGACACUGUCUGGGCAGACGAGGAGGACUGGGCCGUCGUCAAUGAAGAAAUUCAGGCAGAAAGGGACCCUCCCAUUGCACCCUUUUACGUGCCUUACACGAAGACUUACCCCCCUGUUCCCAAAGAUGACUAUGAUAUAAAGGGACCAAAGGGGUCAUCAAGGAAUUUGAUAGAAUUGAGGAGUUAGUUACUUGGGUCAGCUACAUUUUCCCUGAUGGCAACACAUAUGUAUCUAUAUCCGCUCUUAUUUAUUAAUUUCGGUUUAGACAGUGGUGCUUGUUUGUCAUGUUUUCUCGAAAGUUGGUUGAUUUCUGAUGCCUGCUAUGGUUUUCAUGGGUUUCAUCUCCGUUUUGGUCAAAGUCUAUUGUAGCAUUGAUUGAAAUAUAUGCAUACCCUUCAGCUUAGCUGACAUGUGUGGUUGAUUGGUUCUGUGCUAAUGUCUUAUCUUCAUUUCCUAAUCCAGUGCUUCAUUUGAGUUGAAUCACAAGAAAAUUUUGGAAUUUCU